CGAUAUGCUCGUAACAACUGUAGCAGUGUGGCGUGGACAUUCCCACCUCGAACAGCAAACCUGUUCCGGUGCCGGCGUAUGUUACUACGGGUCGGCGCUCGUAGGUUUAUUUCGUAUUUUAUUGCAGCAGCAUGCUCAGUUGUACGCUCAAAAUUGAAUCACUUUCACCACUUUAAUGUAGCGAAAUUUUAUUUACUCUUUUUGUGGUACCGUUUGCUGCAAACUGCUAAUGAUCAACCAGGAUUGUUGGCAUUUUGAGGUAUCUGAAUAACCGUAAUAACUCUUAAGUUAUUAACGUUUACUGAAUAUUGUUACUGGUGGAUAUUUGCCUCACGCCGUAAAUCUACCCAUAGUAGACAUGAUCACAAUAAACUGUACGCCAUACACACUGAAAAGUUUUAUCCGGAAUGUGUGCUUCCUACUGUUAGCAAUCGGGAGUAUCUGUUACUUCUUCCAAAGUGCCGAUGGAGGAUCCGCGUUAUCUCGUGCAACAGGUGGUUCCCAGCAGCGCUCCCAAGGAUCCGGCUCCAAUUCAUGGCGCGGAAGCAAUUCGGGAAAGAAACCAGCACCCGUGGACCCUGAUUUAAUACAAUUAAGCGAAGAUCUUUACCGACUGGACCAGUCGAAUGAUGCCGCCCGGGAGAAUGUGCACUGGGCAGUUAACACACGCAGUCGCACUGGCAAGCUGUUUACGAAAAUGAAUGAAACGGUGUUCAAUGUGCCGGUCUAUGCGAAAUUAAUCGCUCUAUUUGACAACUACGAAACAACCAUGGGACGCGCGGAAGUGGUGACCGCCAAGGAGCGGGCGGAACAAUCCGACUUUCUGGAUGAAGUACUGCGCAGUGCAGUAAUGAGGAAAGCCUGGGAUUUUCUUAUUAGCCGCAGACUGGUACCCACGUCCAAAGCGGAUUUUAAAAAUUUCCUGAAUCAAAUAUGGUUUACCGUGUACAAACGCCGCGGACAGCCGGACACUUCCGGGUUUGAGCAUAUUUUUGUCGAGAUCGAUGGAAACGGUGUGGAUGCUCCAGUAAGCGGGUUUCACAACUGGGUCCGGUAUUACUUGGAAGAAAAAGCCGGACGAGCGGUGUACCGGCGAUGGAAAGGGCAAACCGAGCCUGAUGUGUUUGGAUUGGAAUUUACAUGGAAUGGACACAUGAAAAUCAAGAGUACAAUUGCCAUCGGGGAAAGUCCAUCCAUGUCGUUGGCCAUGAUGACGGUGUGUUUUCUGGCGGUACCCAAUGGCGACUGUCAGCUGCGCAUGGGCGGCACUCCUGUAUCGGCGAUAACGCAUCGCUGGGAUACGCGUGACCCCAAGGUGUUCUAUGUAGCUUCCGCAUACUAUGAUAAUUAAUUUCCAGUAUAUAAGGACGGGUUAAAAUUGUUGAGGUUUUUGUGGACUGAGCGACAAUGUAAUAUCGCCGGUUGCUUCCAAAAGCGUCUACUUAAAGUGCAGUUUUAUCGUUAUUUUUCCUUUCGCUGUGCUCAAGAGUUGCAAAAUCUGUUGAUGAAAGCGUAUUAAAUUUGUUAAGAUGA